AUGGACGCGUACAAAAUGUGGAAAACCUUUGAUAGGGUUGACCAUGAGAGUGUAGAUGUUUUGUUUUCGAGGGCUAGGAGGGAGGCUGUUGAGAGAUAUAAUGAGGGUGUGAGGCAAAACCGGGAAAUGCUAAAUAAUAUUAGUGAAGCUGUGCUGUAUUUGGCUAAGCAAGAGCUAGCAUUUAGAGGCCAUGAUGAAUCCAGCACAAGUCUGAAUCAGGGUAAUUAUAGACAGCUUUUAAAGUCAUUUGGUAAAUUAGAUUCUGUGUUCGACCGUCGUUUGCAUGGCAGGCUACAGGAUUCAGAAAGGCCUGAUUCUGGGGGGAUUUUUACCGGUAUGUCACCAGAUGUCCAAAAUGAUUUGAUUGAAUGCAUAGAUGCUGUGAUUGAGGAUCAAAUUGAUAAGGAAAUAAGGGACUGUCAGUUCUUUAGUAUCCAAUGUGAUGAAACGCUGGAUGUGUCUACUAAAGAGCAACUUAGCGUCAUUGUUCGUUUAGAUAGGGGGGGUGAAGUAGUGGAAAGAUUUCUAAAGUUUAGGAAUGUCAGCACAGAUCGCACUGCCCGAGCGAUAUGUGAUGUUGUUAAAGGGGUGCUUAGCAGAUAUGGUGAGUCAGUUAAAGCUAAACUGAUUAUGCAAACUUAUGAUGGUGCAGCUGUUAUGAGUGGUCAUCUCAAUGGCGUCCAGACCCUCAUGCGGCAAGAUUACCCAUUUGCAUUUUUCUUUCACUGUGCCGCCCAUCGCUUAAACUUAGUUCUGUGUCAAUCUGCAUUGAAUAUCAACGAGGUGAAGCUCUUUUUCUCCAAGAUAUCUGCUUUUUGUACCUUUAGUAAGCCCAGCUCUGAUAGAAAGGCACAUCUAAAUUCCCAUAGUGUUGAUAUCCCAAAUCCAGGUGAAACUAGGUGGUAUUAUAAGUCCCGUACUGUCUCUGCUAUCUUUAAGGGGUAUGAAGCCUUAGAGAGAGCUUUAACUGAAAUUAAAGAUGCACCUCGAAUGUGGAGAGAAGACACAGUUGACCGGGCAGAUGGUCUGCUCCAAAAUCUUGAGUCCUUCCUAUUUUGCUUUUUAUUAGAGCUUUACUACAAAAUUUUGGAACAGUCCUCAAUCUUAUACAAUGUUCUGCAAAAUAGGGCCACUGAUUUCUCUGAUGGUGUUAAAAAAAUCCAAAAUUUUGUAGAUUUUCUCAAAAAUGAUCUUCGCAAUGAUACUGCCUUUGAAACCUGCUAUGCGGCUGCUGAGAAUCGAGCUGGUGUCCCAUCCAGAAGAUCAGAGCAAAUUAUUAAUUAUAAGCAGCUUUACUGUGAAGUGAUUGACACCAUUGUUGGUAUGGUCAAUAAUCGGUUUCAAGAUGUUGACAGCUUCUCGUUUCUCGAUUUGGUGAACCCCAAAAUUUUUACUAAAUGGCAAAGUGGUGUCCCAGCUGACAAGUUGCAGCUGUUGAGAGAGAAAUAUGGGCCACUCUUUGAUAUUUCUAGUCUCGAAAGCCAACUGAUGUUUAUUUACAAAGAUCAAGAUUUUUUAAAGGAUAAUCCAAUGGAACUUUUACAAUAUAUUUACCAGAUGAAUAUUCAGGGAUGUAUUCCAGAAUUUGUCAAGUUACUAAAAUUAAAUGCUGUAAUUGCAGUAUCGAGUGCAUCUGCUGAAAGAUCCUUUUCAUGUUUGGGUAGAGUAAAGUCCUAUCUUCGCAGCACAAUGAGUGAUGGACGACUUGGCUCAUUAUGCAGGAUAUCUAUCCAUAAGGACAUACUUAAGGAGAAAGAAGAUCAGAAGCAGCUCCACAAGUUGGUCUUGGAGAAGUUUAUUGAAAAGCCAAGACGUCUUAAUUUUCAAUUUAGGUAA